CUACCAAAUGGUGUUAUCGCUAUCUCUUUCAUCACCUGAAAUCCUGCCCACAAAUGACUAUUGUUUAUUUUGCCCGGUCUGCCCUUUAUAUCUAUGCUAUACACUUAAAUAACCAAUUUCAAUGACUACCAAACUACUUGGAGAAGUGAGGAACUUUUGCAGUCUGUGAUUCUGGCUACAUAUUUGGGAUUGGGGAGAGAAUGUAGCAGUCGAGCCAUGUAAGGCCAUGGCUGUGCCUUCCCUCUCAGCCCCUCUCCCUCUCCUUGUGGCUUUGCUUCAGCUUGCAAUACUACCUCUCGUCCACGCGGGGGCAUACUACGGACACAAGCAGCACCAGCAGCACCCCCAGCAGCACCCCCAGCAGCACCAGCCUAUGCCACACUUGUCCCACAUUGGCAUGGGCGGCAAAGAGCAGCACCCACAGCAGCAGUGGCCAGGCAAGGAGAUGCCCCACAUGCAGUACCCCCAGUACAGAAAAGAGAUCCCCCAGAUGCCCAUGCACAUGGGCAAGGAGUACCCCCGUAAAGGUGGGGUAGUCAACGGUGGACAGGACAAAGGUCAGACCAUCCCCAGUGGGGCAGCAGGAGGUCUCCCUGGAGGCCUGCCAGGAGAGCAGGGCCCAGCUGGGCCUCCGGGACCUGAGGGACCCGCUGGGCCACCAGGACCUCCUGGGGAAGGACAGCCAGGAGUUGAAGGAAAACCAGGCCCCGCUGGUCCCCCAGGAUUCCCUGGUGUAGGCAAACCAGGACUCCCGGGAAUUCCAGGCAAGCCAGGUGGCAUGGGAGAGCCGGGAGUACCUGGAGAGCUGGGCCCCAGUGGUGGAGAGGGUCAAAUGGGGCAGCCAGGGACUCAGGGCCCCCCUGGUCCUCCAGGUUUGCCGGGGAUAGGAAAACCAGGGGUUGGGGGGUUGCCAGGACAACCAGGACCCAAAGGAGAGCCAGGACAUAAGGGCCUGCCGGGACUACCAGGAUUACCAGGACCCAAGGGUGACAAGGGAAUUGGACAGCCAGGACAGCCAGGCCACAAAGGGCCAGUAGGACCCCCUGGACCUCCAGGCCAGGGAGGGAUGCCCGGCGUGGGCAAGCCUGGAAUGAAUGGCUUACCGGGGCCACCAGGAGGACCAGGGAAACCAGGCCCGCCUGGAGAGGAGGGGCUGGCUGGACCAACAGGAGAGGGCGGAGAGACCGGUCCACCAGGGCUGCCAGGCCAGGGAAAACCAGGCCAGAAUGGUCUACCGGGACAACCAGGCAUGCCCGGUGGGAAAGGGCACCCAGGCCCUCCAGGUUUCCCGGGGAAGCCUGGAUUGCCCGGAUUCGGAAAACCCGGAUUCCCAGGACCCAAGGGAGAUAAAGGGAUGGGUGGGAUGCCCGGAGGCCCAGGACCAAAGGGAGACAAAGGCCAUGGAGGACUUCCCGGUGUGCUUGGACCGCCUGGAACAAUCGGACCAGCUGGUCCCCCUGGCCCUAUGGGACCCCCUGGAGGUCUGGGUCAACCAGGGCCAAAAGGAGAGGCUGGAGAGGGAGGUAAUAAGGGGCUGCCAGGUGGCCAGGGUGAGCCUGGUCCUCCUGGACUGCCUGGUCAGAACGGCUUCCCUGGAGAUGGAGGAGAGCCAGGGCCAAGGGGUCCCGCUGGGCCUGUAGGACCCCAGGGGGAAGGCGGACACAAAGGGUUACCAGGUGCCCCUGGCAUUCCAGGCCUAUCCGGGCCAAAGGGAGAGGGAGGACUUCCAGGCGACAAGGGUCCCCAAGGCCCUAAGGGCAUUCCAGGUCUGGGAGGUGCAGGUGGGCCGAUCGGACCUCCUGGUGCCCCUGGGUCUAAAGGUGACAGCGGAUUACCUGGUCUUCCCGGCGUUGAGGGUAAGGGAAACCCCGGUGUCCCUGGUCCUCUUGGACCUCCAGGUAAAGAAGGUCCUGGAGGACCACCAGGAAACCCUGGCCAGCCAGGUCUACCUGGUCCCCCAGGCCCUCCCGGACCCCCCGCCCUCUCCCCUAACAUGGGAGCAGUCCUCCCUGAGAUGGGUAUUCCUCCUGGGCUGGACGGAGUCAAGACUGCCGGCUAUGGCAAGAAGGGCAAAUACGGAGGAAACGGCGGAGAGGUGAUGGGCGCUAACGGCCUGGAGAUGCCCGCGUUCACGGCUCUGGUGACCACGCCCUUCCCACCAGUGGGCACGCCUGUGGUGUUCGACAAGAUCCUGUACAACGGCCGUCAGAACUACAACCCCCAGACAGGCGUGUUCACUUGCGACAUGCCCGGGAUCUACUACUUUGCCUACCACGUCCACUGCAAAGGGGCCAAUGUGUGGGUGGCGCUGAUGAGGAACGAUGAGCCUGUGAUGUACACGUAUGACGAGUAUAAGAAGGGCUUCCUGGAUCAGGCAUCGGGGAGCGCAGUGUUACCUCUACAGCCCGGGGACACUGUGUACCUCCAGCUACCCUCGGACCAGGCCGCAGGACUAUACGCUGGCCAAUACGUCCACUCAUCCUUCUCUGGGUACUUGUUGUACCCCAUGUAACAACACAAAACUAUAGAGAGGAAGAGACAGUGACAGAGAGAGAAAAUGUUGGAGAAAUUUAAACAUUGGUUAUAGAAGUCUUUAAAUUGAUCGCAUUUUUUUUAAACAUCAACUAUCUGUUGAGAUCGAUGUUGUUGAGAUCGUAAGUGAUGGGAGGAAGCGUCGGACCGUCCCCGGGAAAAUCUGAGAGAGGAGUGUGUGUGUGUGUGUGUGUGAGUGUACAUAUAUGCAGUUUUUAUAGCCAUUUAUGUUGGGGUACAACAAUUUAUGUAUCUAUCUACUGCUCUUAUGACUUGUCACAAUGUUACAACACUGCAUUAAAAGAUGCCAUUACAUCAAUAGGGUUCACAUAUUGUGAAAUGUAGUUAUAUGUAUGUAUCAGUUUAAUUUAAAGUGCAGCACAGGCUGAUGUGGAAACUCAGUAGAAGAAAGAGAUAAAGCUCUUGUAUUGCCACAGAGUACCAUGUGUUUUCCCAAGCCCCUACAUGUUCCUUUGCAAACUGGCAGCAGCCAUCAAUUAAACUGUGGCAAAGAAUGUAAAUUGAAAAACUUUUUUUUUUACUAAAGAAAACAAAUUGAAUGCCUAGUAAAAUGGCACCUGAAAUGUUGUAUAACGGUACUUAUAGAAAGGUAACUGAAAACCAAUAGAGUUCAAGAUUCAAAUAAAGUGGUGCAAUGGUUUAUGUCACGUUUUAGUUUGUUGCGUAACUUUCUUGUUAUGUUUUUGGUUGAUUUGGUUGAUUCUUUAACUUUUGCAGACAAGCAUCAUCUGUGAAGUUUAAAGAGGUGAUUUUGUUGCAUUAAAUGGAUGGCAAUAUCAUGUAUUAUGGGUGUAUUAGUGUUGUGCAAAGCAAUGCCUCUUGUGGCAAGCAAAGAAUAAUGCUCCAACAGACACUGUUGUACCCAGAAUUAUGAAGACCACUGCUGUCAUUACAAACCCUUUUCUUGCUGUACUGUAUGUGUUGGUUGUCAGCUGAAUAAAGCAGUAGUGUUAUACUGACAGAUGUAUGAAAAAAGUUUGACCAAGACCCAGACCCUCAUUUAGAGGGGCCUAUACUUUUCUCUAAGUAAGAGAUAAAUUGAUAAUCAAUUGUGAUUCUUUUGAAUAACAUUUGAAUAAGCUAAUUGAAUGAACGUUGGGAAAAGGUGUGUAAUCCCUCUUGGCUCAGCAGUACAGAAUUUAAAUAAUCUGAUUAUAGGUACUCUAUGUGGAGGUUAAGAUUGAAGAAUAAUAAAUACUUUGAUGUCAAUCAGAGAACAUGAUGGCCAAACCAAACCAUGAGUUAGUGAGGAGACUUAUGGAAUAAGGUUUCCUUGUGGAGCCCAAAGAAUAAAGACAAAGAAUAGAAUGUCAAAAGAAAAUGCCUUCCUGCAUGCCCCUCCCUCUCCCCCUCCCCCACACAUAUGUCCCUAUAACUCAGCCCUCUACCCUUACCUCACCCAUCUCCCCCGCCCCUACCCUUCUACCCCCCAGGGCCCCAGCACAGUAGGCUUGAUGGAGACUGAUAACCAAAAAUAUCCUGCAGCAUUUGUCACUAUAAUGUAUUAUUUUGAAUACUGACCUCCUGAUUUUAAAUGUGCAAAGGUGGAAAGGGGGCCUAUGUAAUUACAAAAAACAUUUGAGAAAAUUGACUCCAGAUAUUAAUUCAGUUUUCUUUCUUUAUUUGAGCCCAUGGUGCUAAAUAUUCAGUAAACCAAAAGAAACCCUGAGUUUUUCUGUUUUUACUGUUAUACUGUUGAUGUUGUUACUUUAAAAAAUAAAGAUGAUUUAACUAGAAGGUCAUUUGUUACUAU